UAAAAUAAAAAUGAGAAGUGGAGGGUGAUGCACACGAGAGGGGGUGUGUGAAGGGGGUGACAGUCUGUUUGUUCUUUUAUUGUUCACUCGUGGCUUCUCUCUCACAUAGAUCCAUCAAUGGGUUCCCUCGUCGAAUCCGGUUGGCAGUACCUAGUGACACAUUUUAGCGACUUUCAGCUAGCCUGCAUUGGGAGUUUCCUCCUCCACGAAAGCGUCUUCUUCUUAUCUGGCCUCCCUUUCAUUUUUCUCGAAAGACAAGACUUUCUCUCCAAUUACAAAAUUCAGACAAAAAACAACACACCUGCAGCUCAAGGAAAAUGUAUUACUCGCCUCUUGCUUUAUCAUUUCUGUGUCAACUUGCCCCUCAUGAUGGCCUCCUAUCCUGUCUUCACAUCCAUGGGAAUGCGAAGCUCUUUUCCUCUCCCGUCUUGGUAUUAUCAUCAGGAAAGAAGUCUCUGCCCAGAUAUUAUUCUACUUCAUCAUUGAGGAUUUCGUUUUCUAUUGGGGUCAUCGGAUCUUGCAUUCUAAAUGGCUCUACAAGAACGUUCACUGUGUGCAUCAUGUUGGAACUCGUUUUUGACGAAAUGGUUUAAGACCAUUUUUCGGUAUGUUUCGGGACGAAGACGUUCGUCGGAAUAACCGAAUGUUCACUAUGAAGUAGUGUACUCGUAUGUCAAAAUCAGUUGGUUUUGAAUGAGAAAUGGAAGUCCAAAAUGAGUUUGACUAAAUAUUAAAAAUUAGCAAAUGUCAUAUAUUGGAUAUUUGGGUUUGAAUUUAUUAGUUGGAUAUUAUGUCCAUUACUUAUUCAUGACUAUCUUUAUGUUUGUAUAAACAUAAAAUGCAAACCCAAAUUA